CACAUCUCCUAUCAUCCCUGAGCUAAGUAAAGCUAAAGCUAAGGCUAGGCUAACUAGCUGCUACAGAGCUGCAGAGUGACAUGUAGUCAAACUUUACUCUCAGUCUCAAUGAAGCUGCUUCCAGACUGAUUGGGACAUGGAGUUAAGAAAUAUCAAGGACCAGUCCCCCCUGGUCCAGGCUAUAUUCAGCCGAAACACAGAAGAAGUGACAUUUUUGUUGGAAAAUGAAGAUGUCAAUUCACUGGACCAAGAACAAAGCACACCACUUCAUGUUGCUGCUUAUUUGGGCGAUGUCCACACUAUGGACCUACUUAUUACUUCAGGUGCAAACGUCAACGCUAAGGACCAGGGUUUGCUGACUCCUUUACAUCGAGCAGCUGCCUCUCAAAAUGAAAAAGCUGUGGAGUUGCUACUAAAGCACAAAGCAGAGGUCAACACACAAGACAAAUACUGGCAUACACCUUUACACAUGGCAGCUGCAAAGUGGGCCACAGGCUGCGCCAAAGCUCUGAUUCCACAUGUGCGCAGCGUGGAUGUUGCCGACAGGACAGGAAGGACACCACUGCAUCAUGCAGCGCACAGCGGCCAUGAAGAGAUGGUGAACUUGCUCCAGAGCAAAGGUGCCAAUAUAAGUGCCAAAGAUAAGAAGGAAAGGCAGGCAAUCCACUGGGCUUCAUACCUUGGACAUGUGGAGGUUGUGAAGCUGCUGGUGUUUCACAGUGCUGAUGUGAUGUGCAAAGACAAACGUGGAUACACUCCGCUCCAUGCUGCAGCUGCCAGUGGACAGUUAGACGUGAUCAAACAUCUGUUGAGACAUGCGGUGGAGAUCGAUGAACCUAACAUGUUUGGGAACACAGCGCUCCACAUGGCCUGUCACACGGGGCAGGACGCCGUGGCCACUGAGCUGGUGAACUGUGGCGCCAACAUCAAUCAGCCCAACCACCACGGCAGCACGCCGCUGCAUCUGUCUGCCGCCUCCUCCAGCGGGGUGCUGUGUCUGGAACUGCUAAUCAACAAUGGUGCCGAUGUCAACGUGCAGAAUAAAGAAGGGAAGAGCCCUCUGCACAUGGCUGCUAUGCACGGGCGCUUCACAGGCUCCCAGAUUCUGAUCCAAAAUGGUGGGGAGAUUGAGUGUGCUGAUAUGUUUGGAAACACUUCUCUUCAUGUUGCUGCCAGAUAUGGUCAGGAGUUGCUGAUCAGCACUCUGCUGACAAACGGUGCUGAUAAGACCAGACAGGGGAUUCAUGGGAUGCUUCCACUGCAUUUGGCGUCGCUCUACGGAUUUCCAGACUGCUGUCGAAAGUUGCUGUCCAAUGGCCAGUUUUACAUCAUGCCGUCUCAAGCGGUGUCAACUGGGGAUGAUAUAAACAGCUUAGAUGACAACGGAAGGACCUGUGUGCAUGCAGCUGCCUCUGGAGGAAAUGUUGACUGUCUGAACUUGCUGCUGAAUAGUGCCGUUGCUGACCUGGAUGUAAAAGACCAUUUGGGAAGAUCUCCUUUGCAUUAUGCUGCAGCUAAUGGGAACAGCCAAUGCACGAUCUCCCUGGUGAGAGCCGGCGCUGAGGUCAAUGAGCUGGACCUGACGGGCUGCAGCCCUCUGCACUACGCUGCUGCUUCACACACCUUUUGUGGAGGGGAAACGAACUCUGAGCCUGACCACUGUGAGGGAAAGGAACAAGAAGCCUCUCUGUGUUUAGACUUCUUGCUUGACAACGGGGCGAACCCGACUCUGAAGAACAGUAAGGGUUACAGUGCCGUCCACUAUGCAGCAGCUUAUGGGAACAAACAACACCUGGAACUGCUCCUGGAGAUUUCGUUCAACUGUCUAGAAGAGGUUGAAAGUAAUAUUCCAGUCAGUCCUUUGCACUUAGCUGCGUAUUAUGGUCACUGUGAGGCGCUGCGUCUGCUUUGUGAAACAUUAGUGAGUCUGGAUGUGCGGGACGUUGAAGGCAGAACCGCCCUCCACCUGGCUGCUCGGAGAGGUUUUGCUCCGUGUGUGGAGGUGCUGCUGAAGCAUCAAGCCUCUUACGCACUGAAGGAGCACAAGCGCAAGAGGACGGCUCUCCAUGCUGCAGCUGCUGAGGGCCAAAUGGACUGUCUGCUUUUAUUAGUCAAUGGGGAACAAAGUGCCGACGUCAUCGACAGUCCAGAUACACAAGGACAGACGGCUCUCAUGCUGGCAGCUCUGGGACGUCACACCGACUGUGUCCACAUCCUGUUGGAGAAAGGAGCAAAGGCUGAUGCUGCAGACAAAAAGGGCUUCACUGCAUUACACAGAGCUGCCGUGUUGGGCAGUGAGGACUGUGUAUCUGCUCUGUUGGAACAUGGUGCCUCUGCUCUGUGUAGAGACUCUCAGGGAAGGACCCCGUUGCACCUCGUAGCGUCCCGCGGCCACACGGAGCUACUGCGAACUUUGCUAAAGGCUGCUAAGAAAGCUGAUCCUCUGGACUCCAUAUUGGACUACAGAGGCUACACGCCCACCCACUGGGCUGCCCACCACGGGCGUGAAGGAUGUUUACACAUUUUACUUGAAAACAAACUUUUUAGCAACCAGGAGGGAAAUCUCUUCACCGCAUUGCACUGUGCUCUUGUUAAUGGACAUGAUGUUGCUGCUGGACUUCUAGUGAAGACCGUCGGCCCUCAAAUUGUUAACGUUAGCGAUGCCAAAGGAAGGAUGCCGCUGCAUGCGGCUGCUUAUUCAGGAAAUGUUGCUGGGCUCCAGCUGGUCCUGGCCCAGGGAGCAGCGGUCGAUGCUGUGGACCAUUGCGGAUGCUCUGCUGUGAUGGUUGCUGCUGACUGUGGACAGACUAUGGCUGUUGAGUUCUUGCUGCACAAAGCGAAGCCAGACCUGACCCUGGUGGAUGUCAAUAAUAACACUGCCCUUCACUUAGCCUGCAGCAAGGGUCAUGAGAUGUGUGCCCUGUUGAUCCUUGGAGAGAUCAGCGACUCCUCCCUCAUAAAUGCAACAAACAGCGCUCUCCAAAUGCCCCUUCACAUUGCAGCAAGGAAAGGGCUGGCCACCGUAGUGCAGGUGUUGUUGAGCAGAGGAGCAGCAGUCAUGGCUGUAGAUGAGGAAGGCCACACACCUGCUCUGGCCUGUGCCCCAAACAAGAACGUGGCAGACUGUCUAGCGCUGAUCCUCUCCACCAUGAAGCCUUUCCCACCCAGAGAGGCCGGUGCCGGCACAGCCUCCCACUUCAACCCCAUCCUGAAGAACUGCGGCAUUGUUACCACCUGUGGGUCCAGCGGUAACCUGUGUCACGCCUAAGUCAAGGUGACGCACUCAAGGGCACUGUGGGCCUGCACGGGUGUUUGACGGAGUGAAAUUUCAUCCCAAUGUAGCCCAAAGUCUAACCACACACACACACACACACACACACACACACACACUUCUCCAGGGACAUGUGUGGUCAUGCAUAGCUUCUUCUCUCGUGUGUCCUGACAUUUAUCCAUGUAACAGCUGCAUGCACGCUAUGUGCUCAUGCACCAGUAGCAUUGAUUGCUUCUCUAGUCUUACACAUUACUAAUAUUAGCAGACCUCUUAGAUUGUCUUCUCUGUCACAUGAGUUGAGUUUAACACACACAUAGUUAUUUUAAUGAAGUACUAACUGUUAGAAAUGAAUGGACGUAUUAACAUGAACACAAGCCUCUCCACUUGAACCCCGUCCGCUGUCAGUAUUGGCCUAAUAUCUCGUUAACCACCAAAGCCUGAAAUCUCCAUGUUUGUCUUCAGCUGAUACACGUGCAAGAAUACUCGGAUGACUGUGUGUCUAUUUUACGUAUGUGUGUGUCGAGCCCGUUCUCGUUCCCAGGGCGUCAAAUACCGACACUUUGUCACGGCCGUCAGCGUUCAAUACAGCUCCACAAGGUACCCUUGAGAGGCGGUAGGAGACGCACCGGGCUUUUUCCAUUAACUAGAAUGUAAACCCAUCCGCAGCAACAGUAAACGCUCAGAGAAAGUGCUGUGGUGACGUAGUUUAAAGAGCGACAAGACACACUAAGGGCGGCCAAGAGGGGAGGUGGAUGGUUCCAACAAACACAGGGCUUUCGUCCAGGAGACCGCUGUUUGUGUCCCAUGCGUCACGUUUCACUUUACAAUCAGCUGUUUGUCUGCUGUAAAAACGUAGUAAUUUUAAGCUCAACCACGUUUUUUUUUCCUAAACCUGAGUGGUUUUGUUGCCUAAACCUAAGCAAGUGUUUUUGUUUAAUUCACGACGUUAAGCACGUGUGUACUGCGACUGAAAGUGACGCUGAGGGGUCUGACAAAGCGUCAGUAUGCAAUGAGUUGGGAUGAGAAUAUGUUGAUGUGUCUUGAGAGCUAUUUUGCAUAUUAGACAUUGCUUCUUAAUAUACUUGUUUUAAAAUAUCUAACAGGUGCUUUAAAACCUUUUAUGCAAUUAAUAAGACUGUAUUUUUCUACCCUGUCCAGAGUGUAGCAGACAGUACACUGAUAUAAAUAGCCUUUUUAUUCUAAUAAUAUCAUGAUUUACAUACAGUAAGAUACAUUUCAGUUUAGUUCAGUCACAAGCAUGUGUAUAGUAGUAGUUCUAUAGUUUACAGAGUCUAGUGUAUAUAUAGUUCUUAUAAUGAAGUUAACCUUUUACGUGCAUUAUCUUGAAAAUCCCAAAUUAUUGAGAAUUAACCUCAGGUCACUACGUACUGUACUGUGGGUGCAAUAAAAAGCACAUUUUGAGCUGGUGGAUCCGUAACAAUGUGUGGCAGAAGUAUAAUUUUUCCGUUAAAUAAGCCAGAACAAAUGAAAGGUCAAAUAAAUAAAUAAAAUAUGUGUUAAUAUGAACAGUUUUAGAGCACAGGGAAAAAAAUCGUUCAGUCUCUGAGCGUUAACGUUUUUAGAAAAUGUGUCAUUUCAUAUGCAAACAAAGAUUCAUUUCAUUUUUGAUUAAUCAGUUGAUUGUUAUUUUUUUUAAAUGAAUGAUUAAGUACACAUUUCAAGUUCCAAGAGCCCAAGUUAACAUCUUUUAAGUGCUUGUUUUUUUCUGAUCAGCAGCCUAAAAUCCAAAGAUAUUUAAUUUAAACUGAUAUCCGACUAAGAAAAGCAGCAAAUCCCUCAGAGGAGCUGGAACUAGAAGAUGUCAAAUGUCAUUUUUGCUUGACGAAUUAGUAAAAUGUUCAUUAUCAAAUUGUCUCUUAAUUUUCAGGUUGAUGAACCCGUCUGUCAAUAUGUUUGUUUCAGCGCCGCAUUUUACCGUUGUUGUCGUUAUAAUGUCAGUGUGCAUUAAAAUAAAAUGUAAGAAAGUGCUCACAUCUACAACCACUACUACUCUAUUUUAACGCCACUAACAAUCUCUGUGAAACACUAGAAACUGAAAUUAUUGUAUGGUUUGUAAUUAUUUCACAUAAUUUAUAAGAGAACACCUACAGAAGUAAGUUUUUCUAAUCAUUGUUUUUCACUUGUUAGAUACAUUAGCAUAAUGGUACAAAGAUGUCACCGCCUCUCUCUCUCUUUAAAGAUAACAUUUUUAUAAAUGGAGGCUUGCAUUAAAUGUUUCUUUUUAUAAUUUGAAAGCUGUAAAUACACACAGACUUUGAUAUUCUCCCCUUUUUCUAAUUGAUUUUAUUUUCCCAUAGUAAUACCUGCUGUGUUAUCUUAAAAUGGCUUUAAACUAUUUGCACUCUGACAUGAAAGUUUACAUUUAACAGUGUCCUCUUUAGGUUUAUGCAAAAUUUGAAAGUGCAUUUUACAACUUUAACUUUCAAAGUUACAGUAAACGUUAGAAACCAGUUCAGUUUAAGCUUGUUCUUUCUUGUUUCAUUUGGAUGAAAUUAAUGGGAGAAAAAUGGUUUGACAUUUCUAAACACAAGUUUCAGUGAAAUGUUUUGAAUGAUGUUUGUCUUUAGGAAGUGCUCUGUUGCAGCUUUUCAUGUGAACAAACUGUGUCCUCUGUACUGUACAUUUUAAACGAGAUUUCAGGGUGUAUCUCCCAACUUGAGUACUCUGUGUGAUCCAGUUGUGGAUGGCAUUCAUAUGAGAGAAAACGAAUAAAUCACCACCAUGAGGGCU